UGCUUAAAUAGCUGACAGGCACCGCUCACCCAAGCAUCGCGCAAUCCAUUUCCCUAUCUAACCCCAUAUAUCAGUUGUUAGUAAAUAGAAAAUCUGUUAUCAUAUUUGAAUUUUUCACGGCCGAUAUGAACACGUUGAUAAAGGUAUUAAAUCGUAUAUGGGAUGACUUAAUCAAUGCCUGUAUUCAGUCAAACGGUAACAUUCACCGGCCGCGGUGUUCUGGCGCGAAUUUUUGAAUUACUCGACGCGUUUUCACAGUUAUUAGAUUAGCUUUCUGGGAGAUUUUUGUGGUUUUCGUGGUGUCCAACCAGUGGAAAAAGGAGGAUUAAUAAAUGUGUUGGGAACACCCGGAAAUACAAUAGAAAUUGAAUAAAGAAAGUGCUCUAAACUGGCUGAUACUUUCCAGUUUUCGAUGUUGGCUUUGUGAACUUCUUCAGAUGUUACUGGCUCACACUAUCUUUAAAAACUAUACUCGAUUGUACUGAACUUAAGGAUACACAUACGUCGCCUUGGGACCAUGAAUGCCAAAAUGGGGGACCAGUUUCUAGUGAAAUAUCGCAACGAAAUGUACGACAUCACUAACUUCGUACAUAAGCAUCCAGGCGGUGUGAACACUUUGAAAGGCUUGGAAAACCGAGAUAUGACUGAGAGAUUCAUGAAGGCUCCUCCACACUCAGACGCCGCCAUGUACCUGAUGAGGGAAUAUAAACGAACAGACUUGCAGCCAGCGAAAGGACACAACGGACAUCGGAAAUACACCGAGUACGUCAAUGGAAACUGCAACGGAUACAGUCCUGAUCAAGAUCAAAUCGAUGGCGUCGACCCGAGGAGGAUCAUUGCAACGGAUGAAAGUAUGGAGCACCUUGUGGAUUGGUCCAAACCUAUGUUAGCGCAGAUUGGCAGUCUCAAAGAUAAGUAUUCAGACUGGGUGAAUAAACCAGUAGACAGACCAUUGAGAUUAUUCGGCCCGUGGUAUUUAGAAAUUCUAACAAAAACACCAUGGUGGGUGGUGCCAUCAUUCUGGGUUCCAGUUAUUUUAUAUAUACUCUACAACGAAACAGCAGAUUUUCAAACCAAAGCCAUAAAUACAAUCAUAGGAGCCUUUAUUUGGACACUUCUGGAGUACUCGCUUCACCGAUGGGUGUUCCACGUGGAGACCAGAAAUGCAGGUCGAUGGCUGUGUACGUUUCAUUUUUUGAUGCAUGGUCUUCAUCAUAAGACGCCUUUCGACCCAUAUCGGCUAGUCUUCCCUCCAUUUCCUGCUCUCAUUAUAGCCAUGAUAAUUUAUGCACCGAUAUCUGUUAUUGCAACUUACCCGCGAGUAUUACUUGCUGGCGGUCUACUGGGGUAUCUUGCCUACGAUAUGAUUCAUUAUUACUUACAUUACGGCAAUCCACGCCUUUGGCACUUGUACCAAAUGAAGAGGUAUCAUUACCAACAUCACUUCGUGCAUCAUCAACUCGGAUUUGGCAUUAGCAGUCCGCUAUGGGAUUUUAUUUUUGGGACACCAAUCCACUUGAGGAAAUUGAAAUAUCUUCUGAAAUGGUAGAACCUUUAGUGAAAAUACAUACACAAUAAAAGAUCAGCAUAUUUUACCUCCAUGACAAAAAACAAGCUUGAGUUUAUGGAGUUUUUUUAAUGUAGGAUAAGGAUUUGUACAUGCUUCAAAAACUAUUUUUAAUUUAUUCUAAGUAUUUUGGAUUCCGUGUAAACUGUGAAUAGGCGCUAUGUUACCUGACAACACACUAAAAGUAUUUUUGUAUGUAUUUAUAUACGUGGACAGAGUCCAUUGAAUUGAUGUGCAUAAAGCUAGUCCGAGCUCAAAUGGUAACUUGCUUGCAUAAAAAGAAAAUAAAAUUUUCAGAAGGAUUA